AAGUGCCUGCAUUAUUUUUGUUGGGUAGACUGCCGCUCUGUACACACUUGUCUGUAGGUUUCCUGGGAUAUCAAGCUGUAAAAGCGGAACUGGACAGUCUUUUGCUUUGAAGCGUGGAACUUGAGGGAAUUUGUCCAGGAAAGAAAAAGCCUGAGGGAGGUGAAGGAGCGGCCUGAAACAUGUCUGGUUCUAUACCAUUCUACCAGAAGCACCAUCGCCACUACGACCGUAGCUAUCGCAGCACGGAAGCAGAAUCUAAAAUGAGCCACUACACAGCCAGCAGCAGAUAUGCUGCUGGCAGCAGCAUCUCCAGCACCAGGAGCAGGGGACUAAACGUGUCUUCACACUCGGGGUUGGAGGAAAGCAAAUUAAGUCCGGUUCCCAAGAGAGCAAAGCCAUCUUAUUUGGCUGUGGACAAAGAGAAUCAAAUCAUCGGCUAUGUAGUGCCGAUCUUCAGAGGCAGCCAAGGGUUUACGACAGGAUUGUCAGAUACAGAGGAAACCAGAGUAAGAGAAACUGCUGCGUACAUGGCACACAGGAAUUUGUUCGCCAAAGGUCUGGAGAUGGAGAGGUCAGAGGUGAUCUCCAGGAAGGAGGCCAUGCGUGAGUCGGCUGAGCGCAUCUCUCUGAACAAAAGGAUCCAUGAUCACGAGGAACACUUCAAGCGCAUGAACGAAGACAGCCUGAUGCACCCCCCAGAGUUUGUGAUCAAGCCACGCUCCCACACUGUGUGGGAGAAGCAAUGUGUGCGGCUCCAUUGCACUGUCAGCGGCUGGCCGGAUCCCAGGGUCAUCUGGUACAAAAACAAUGUGGCCAUUGACCCUAUCACCUCCCCUGGCAAGUAUAAACUUGAGAGCAGAUACAGCGUCCACUCACUGGAGAUCAACAAAUGUGAUUUUGAUGACACAGCCCAGUAUCGUGUCUCUGCUAUGAACUCUCAAGGAGAACAGUCUGCAUUCGCCUCUAUUGUUGUCAAAAGGUUCAAAGGUGAAGUUGAUGAAGCCCUGCCUCCACCCAGAUGGACCGUUGCCAAAGAUGGCCCAAUUUCUGAGUACGGCAUCACCUUUCAGACACACAUUGUUGACAAGUUUGGUGUGUCAUUUGGAAGAGAGGGUGAGACCAUGAGCCUGGGGUGUACGGUCAUCAUCUAUCCUGCCUUGCACCGCUACCAGCCAGAGAUCCAGUGGUACAGAGAUGAUGUACUGCUGACUCCAUCUAAAUGGACCCACGUGCACUGGAGUGGAGAUCGAGCCACACUGACGCUCACACACCUCAACAAAGAGGAUGAGGGGCUUUACACCCUGAGAGUCAUCACCAAGUCUGGAUAUGAAACCUACUCGGCCUACGUGUUUGUCAGAGAUGCGGAUGCUGAAGUGGAAGGUGCUCCUGGUGCUCCUCUGGAUGUGCGGUGUCUGGAUGCCAACAAGGAUUACAUUAUUGUUGCCUGGAAGCAGCCAGCUGUUGAUGGUGGAAACCCCAUCGUGGGCUACUUUGUGGAUAGGUGUGAGGUGGGAACCACUCACUGGUUUCAGUGCAACGACACUCCGGUCAAGUUCGCUCGUUUCCCCGUCACUGGUUUGGUGGAGGGGCGCUCUUACAUCUUCCGUGUGCGGGCUGUUAACAAGAGCGGCAUGAGUCGUCCAUCCAGAGUCUCUGAGCCGGUGGCGGCCAUGGACCCAGCAGAUCGCCUCCGUAUGAGAGGGACUUCCGCUCCCUGGACUGGACAAAUCAUCGUCACAGAGGAAGAACCUGCAGAGGGUGUUGUUCCUGGCAGACCUCUGGAUCUACAGGUCACAGAGGCCACCAAGAACUACGUUGUUUUGAGCUGGAAACCGCCUGGAGAGAAAGGCCUUGAAGGCGUUAUGUACUAUGUGGAAAAGUGUGUCGCUGGCACAGACAGCUGGCAGAGGGUGAACACAGAGUUGCCCGUGAAAUCCCCUCGCUUUGCUUUGUUUGACCUCGCAGAGGGAAAAUCCUACCACUUCCGCGUCCGCUGCUGUAACGCUGCUGGUGUCGGCGAACCUUCCGAACCAACUGAAGCCACAACAGUUGGCGACAAGCUUGACAUCCCGUCGGCUCCAGGAAAGGUAGUUCCCACCAGGAACACGGACACAUCUGUUGUCGUUAGCUGGGAAGCGUCUAGUGAUGCUAAAGAGUUGGUGGGGUACUACAUCGAGGCCAGCAUUGUGGACAGUGACGUGUGGGAGCCGUGCAACAACAAACCUGUUAAGGCCACCAGGUUCAUCUGCCAUGGGCUGGUAACAGGAGAGCAGUACGUGUUCAGAGUGAGGGCAGUAAACGCAGCAGGACUCAGCCAGUUCUCUCCAGUGUCAGAGCCUGUGGAAGUGAAGGCAGCAAUUGCCUCACCUGCUCCACCGUACGGCAUCUCUGUUCUGGAAUGUGUGAGGGACUCCAUGGUGCUGGCCUGGAAACAGCCAACCUUCAUCGGAGGCGCAGACAUCACCGGUUACUUUGUGGAUUACCGUGAGGUAAUUGAUGGCGUGCCAGGGAAGUGGCAUGAGGCCAACAUCAAGGCGGUCAGCGAGAGAGCCUACAGGGUGUCCGAUCUGCAAGAAAACAAGAAGUAUCAGUUCCAAGUGCGAGCAGCCAACAUGGCCGGUGUUGGCAUCCCCUCACUGCCCAGUGAGACCUUCCUGUGUGAGGAAUGGACCAUUGCUGUACCAGGACCUCCUCAUGACCUGCAGAUCACAGAGGUGCGAGGCGACUCUUUGGUGUUGCUGUGGAAGCCCCCAGUCUACCAGGGCCGAGAUCCCAUCAAUGGGUUCUACAUUGACAUCAAGGAGGCAGAUGCACCGGAGGAAGCCUGGAGAGGAGUGAACACCAAGGCUGUAGAAAAACAGUUCAUCAAGAUUAAGAACCUCAAGGAGGGGGAGACGUACGUUUUCCGGGUGCGUGCACAGAAUAAAGCUGGUGUUGGAAAAGCCUCAGAUGUCACAGAACCGAUCCCAGCUGUGACCAAACCAGGUACCAAAGAGAUAGUAGUGGAAGUCGACGAUGAAGGUGUCAUCUCCCUUAACUUUGAAUGCUGCGAUACAACUCCUGACUCCAAAUUUGUGUGGUCCAAGAACUAUGAGGAAAUCACAGAGUCCUCCCGCUUGACAAUCGAGACCAAGGCAAACAAGUCCAAAACUGUUUUUAAUACUCCCGGGGAAGAGGACAUCGGCAUUUACUCGUGUCUUGUCACCCAUACUGAUGGUGCUUCAUCCAGCUACACUUUCUCUACAGAAGAGUUGAAGAGGCUGCUGGAGAUCAGUCAUGACCACAAAUAUCCCAUAAUUCCUCUGAAGUCAGAGUUGGCUGUGGAGCUGCUGGAAAAGGGAAGAGUGCGCUUCUGGCUGCAGGCAGAGCAGAUGUCGGCGAACGGCAAAAUCGACUACGUUUUUAACGACAACGUCAUCUCUCAGAGCGAGAAAUACAAAAUGAACUUUGACAAAAACAGUGGCAUAAUUGAGAUGGUCAUGGAGUCCCUGACCCCUGGGGACGAGGGCACCUUCACCUUCCAACUGAAGGAUGGAAAAGCUACAAAUCAGUCCAGCUUGGUGCUGAUUGGUGACGUGUUCAAGCAACUGCAGAAAGAAUCUGAGUUCCAAAGGAAAGAAUAUUUCAGAAAGCAAGGUCCUCACUUUAUUGAGUAUCUGGGGUAUGAAGUGACACCAGAGUGCUGCGUCCUGCUGAAGUGCAAGGUUGGGAACAUAAAGAAGGACACCUCGGCUCUGUGGUCCAAAGACAAGCAUCAGAUCAAAGCAGACGAGCAGCUGGGUUUCACAGAGGGAGUUCUGAAGCUGGAGAUCGCUCAGAUUUCCAAGAAGGAUUCUGGUGUGUAUGAGGUUGUUCUGAAGGAUGACAGAGGACAGGACACUUCUACUUUGAGUCUGGUAGAUCAAGGUUUUAAAGACUUGAUGAAUGAAGUGUUCAGCUACAUAGCCAAAUCCUCGACCCCCCUGAAGAUCACGAGUACAGACGUGGGCAUCCGACUCUACACCUUUGUCAGCUGCUAUAACGAUUUACUUCAAGUCACAUGGCAGCACAAGGAUUCUGCCAUUGCCUUCUCCGACCGCAUUAAGAGCGGCGUGGUGGGAGAGCAGCUGUGGCUUCAGAUCAACGAUCCCACAGAGAAAGACACGGGAAAGUAUGCCAUCGAGUUUAAUGAUGGGAAGGGCGGCCUCCAGAGGACUGUGGAGCUCUCUGGUCAAGCAUUUGAUGAUGCUUUUGCAGAAUUCCAAAGACUCAAAGCUGCUGCCACAGCAGAGAAAAAUCGUGCCCGAGUAGCAGGAGGUCUUCCGGAUGUGGUCACCAUACAGGAGGGCAAGGCUCUCAAUCUGACCUGCAACAUUUCGGGUAACCCUGUGCCAGAGGUGACCUGGCUAAAGAACGACAGGGAGAUCACGUCUGACGAGCACUGCAUCCUCAAGUUUGAGUCGGGCAAGUUCGCCAGCUUCACCAUCACUGGUGUGAACACCUCAGACUCUGGCAAAUACAGCAUCCUGGUGAAGAACAAGUACGGCACAGAGAGCGGCGACCUCACCGUAAGUGUCUUCAUCCCUGAAGAGGCAGCCGGCAAGAACAAGUAAAGUGCGGUCCAAGUCUUAUCGUAAAUAUCUGUAAAUGACAAACAUGGGAAAAAUGAUUUAAAAAGGCUGUAGAACUAUAAAAAUGUGGGUGCUCUGAAAGGACAAAGAGUUCGGAGUCCAAACAAGAAAAUAUUAUUUGUAUUCCUCCAACAUGAAAAUAUCAAUCUGUCACUGAUAAAACAAAAAAACAAACAGUUUUUUGUGUAAAAUUGUGGCAUACAGAAGGACAUUUUGGUCUUAAAAAAGAAAAUCAGGCUCGACUUUAUAGAUUGAUUAGUUAAUUAAAUACAUUUUAGAAUGUCUAUAAAAAAUAUUUACAUUAUUUGUUUUCCAUUUGUUAAUAAUUACGUGGGCUUCAGAGGAAAAAAUUUGGAAUUCACAUGAGAAAUCUUCCGUUUUUCCUGAUACUUUUACUUUGUCAAACAAUAAGAGUUUAAAGCUUCCAUCGGUUUUGCACCAAUCUGAUAUGACGAAGAUAUUUAUAGAUAAGAAAAAUAUCACAGAUUUUAACUGACUGAACGUCUCCAAACUUGUGUUGCCUGUAGAUUUCUUCCUAGAAAAAGGUUUUUCCUUCCUGCUUAAAGAUUCCCUCCGAGCAUUUUUUCAUCUAUUUUAAAAGCGUUCCCAGUGGUCUACUAAUUAUAAAUAUGUCGAUUUUAGGCACAUUUUUAAAAAGAAGUGUCAUUUUCUAGGACUUAGUUUCUGCAGAGCGACGGGAGUUCAGUGGAAAAUGUUGUGGGUGGGAAUGUUGGAGCAGAGCAACCCUGCCCCCAUUCCCAUCACCUUUAACUAAGAACCCUCUGUAUGCAGGCUCUCCCACUAGCUUACAGCCCCUCACAUCUCCAACCUAACAUCAAUAAUGGAGCUAUCCAACACAGUUUUGAGCCAGAUUCAAACUCAGACGAGGAAAACCAAGACAUACAUGGAUCUAAUCAUCUACAUGUGAAGGGAGUGGAGCUUAAUUUUCUUUCUAUAUUCCCUUCAUCAUGGGAAAAAGCCACAAGAAUUUUGUUUUUUUAUCUGAGUGGGUCUUUAAGUUCUUUUUUUUUUAACACGUCAACGUUGUUUUAAAAAGUUGAGGACAAAACAGACAAAAUAGAUACAAAACAACGCCUUUUUUUCCUGAACUUUUUUGUUGAAGCUAACCUUCCCAGUUUGUCUAAUAAUGAGAAGUAAGAUGGAAGCAAAUAUUUCAUCAGUUCACCUUUGUUUGCUCCACUGUUUUCUGUCACUUUGAAUGCGAUCAUCACUUUGUCUCACUGUCUGUAGUAAUCAGUGUAUGUUAGAACAUCACUGCUGUUAAUGUACUUCACUGUUGUCAUGGCAACCGUAUCACGGUCCACAUAAGUAUUUAUUACGGUGUACGCAGUGAUUGGGUCGCCACAACAAGGAAGCCUGUGAGUUCUCUGUUAAUAUAUAAUAGAAAUGAUUCACUUCCUGUCCCUCCUGAUGAGACUAAUAAAAGUAGCACAUAUUUCCCUA